UCAAUUCAGAUUACAUCAGAAAACAGGGAGUCAAUUCAGGAUCAACCUUUAAAGUUAAUUCAGAUUACAUCAGAGAACAACAAUAUUAUUUUAAAUGGAAAGGGGAAAGUAUUGAUACAGAUAUUAAGUCCUUUGUAAAAAAGAAAGAAGAGCAUGGUUCAAAAAUUGCAUCUACUAAAAUAGAUACGAGGGAUAGUGCAUUAAGAUCUUUUUCAUUAAAAUUAUUAAAUAAAGAAUUACCUACAAUGACAACUCUAUAUACACAAAAACCUGAUAUAUAUACUAAACCUGAUUGUUCAUUUUGUGAAAAAUAUAAAGAGACUAAUACACAUGUUUUCCUAUAUUCAGAAAAAGGAAAAAAUCUUAAAAUCACUUUCCAAGUAACAAUUAAAAAAACAAAUCUUAGUGAUGCUCUUCCCAUACGCCGAAAACAUUAUGCGGCAUCGAUUUCUUCUGUAUUAUCAGAUCAAGUUCUAUCGUCAAACAAUAAUAAUGCAUAUUCUAAUAUGUGGGCUCCAUCAUCAUUUGGUUCUAUUGACCAAUUUUUCAUGAAUCCUUCUAAAAGAUCUAGAAGUAUUUUUAGUAUGACAAGUUCAAAUUAUUAUAACAAUUCACAAGUUAUCGAUCCAAUUGUUCAAGAGGCUAUGUUGAAAGAAAAAGUCAAGAAAGAUCUGGAAGCAUUUAUACUUCAACUUUAUAAUGAUUCUUCACUUGGAUUGUAUCAUAUGAGUGACCAUAUUCAAGUGGAUAUUACAAUUUCUGAUAUGAAAGAUUCUCAUGAGAUUGUAGAAUCAAUGCCAAAGAUUUCAGCAUUUAAUAAUAUCAGCGAAAUGAUGAAAAAUACUUUGAAAAUUUUAGAAGUUGCCAAAUCUAAUAAGAAAUAA